CCAAGAAUUAAGCGUUAUCUCGACAGUGAUUAACAGACGCCAGGGAGAACAACACGAUGACUUCGCUUGGAAAAUUGACUCAAAACUUGACCCAUGUCUUGAAAAACUUAAAUACGACUUCAUGUAUUUCUGCUACAGGUUUAUCAAACCAACAGAAAAGAUGGACUGGAAAUUUAUCUCGUCCAGAAAUUGCCCAAGCUGAUAACAUGAUGGCCGUUGGGAACAGAAGAAUAUUUUCUGAAGAACACGACAUGUUCAGAGAGAAUGUAAGACGAUUUUUCCAGGAAGAAGUGCUUCCUCAUCACUCAAAAUGGGAAAAAGAAGGACAGCUCAGCAGAGAGGUUUGGGAGAAAGCUGGAUCCAAUGGAUUACUAGGAGUGAACACACCUGAGAAGUUUGGUGGUGUUGGUGGAGAUGUUCUGUCAACUGCUAUCACAUGGGAGGAACAGAUGUAUGUAAAUUGUUCCGGACCUGGUUUUACUCUGCAUUCUGACAUUGUUAUGCCCUAUAUAACACAUUACGGUACACCAGAACAAGUAGAGAAGUUUAUACCCAAAAUGGUAGCAGGAACAUGUAUUGGUGCCAUAGCUAUGUCAGAACCGGGGGCAGGAAGUGAUCUUCAAGGUAUUAGGACCAAUGCUAAACAGGAUGGAGAUGACUGGAUAUUAAAUGGCAGUAAAGUCUUCAUAACAAAUGGUUGGAUGGCUGAUGUGGUCAUAGUUGUAGCAAUCACAAAUCCUACCGCCAAAUCUGCUGCACACGGAAUCAGUCUGUUUUUGGUCGAGGAAGGCAUGAAAGGAUUCGUUAAAGGAAGAAAACUUGAGAAGAUUGGUUUUAAAGCUCAGGACACUGCAGAGUUAUUUUUUGAAGAUAUUCGAUUACCAAAAUCAGCCUUACUAGGAGAGGCAAACAAAGGCUUCUACUACCUCAUGCAAGAAUUACCUCAGGAAAGACUUCUUAUUGGUGCAAUGGGACUGGCUUCAUGUGAAUUUAUGUUUGAAGAAACAAGAAACUAUGUUAAAACAAGGAAGGCUUUUGGUAAAACAUUGAGUCACUUACAGACUAUGCAACAUAAACUAGCCGAGUUGAAGACAGAGAUCAGUGUAGGAAGAGCCUUCAUGGACAAUUGUUUAGAGAUACAUAAUGAAAAAGGACUGGAUAAUGUCAUGGCUUCAAUGGCUAAAUAUUGGGCAUCAGAUUUACAAAACAGUGUAGCAACAAGAUGUCUGCAGAUGCACGGAGGCUGGGGUUACAUGUGGGAGUAUCCUAUUGCACGAGCCUUUGUUGAUGCCAGAGUUCAACCUAUCUAUGGUGGAAGUAAUGAAAUAAUGAAAGAACUUAUAGCUAGAAGUAUUGUUAGUAACUGAGACAGAGAAUUUGAAGUGUUGUGACAAUCUUUUGUUAACAUUUCAAUCAAUCACUUGCCAGGGAUAAUUCAUUAGAUGAUCUGCUACAUAUACUAUUUAUAAAGAGUAUUUGAAUAAACAAAUAUAUCCUUCAUAUCAAUAAAUUUAAAGAAGACUUUGGGCAUGUGAGCUAUUAAUAUUUACAGUAUAUUACACUUAUGAAUAUGAUUGUAUACUAUUGAUAAAUAUUGUAUGGUCAAAAUACGAGUAUAUUUAAAUCAGGAAAACAUAUUUAUUUAACUUUAAAAUGACUAAACUUUUUAUGGAACAACUUUAUAAAAUAUUGGUGAAACCUAAAAGAUAUGCAUAAACACCUGUAAAUUUUAAUCAGGGAAGGCACUUUGAGAAACUUUUAUGUUGAAAUUGGCCGUUCAGAAUCUUAAGCAUCAUGGGUAAUUUCAUUGUUCGUAGCCCAAAGUGAAAAUAACGUUAUGUCAUUGGUUGAUUUCCAUUGUUUAUAACGUUUUAAACCAAUCAUAACGCUUUGGUGUAUGAUUUUGAAAAUAUUACCCAGGAUGCAUUAGAUUCUGAAACAGCGAAUUGCAUGUUUAUUAUUACAAUUUCCUCUUAAGUGGUACCAUAUUUUUUGUCAUCAACAUAUUGUGUAAUUUAAAUGAAUUAACCAAUAGACUCUGUGUGUUCUGAGCAAUUAUAAACGAUGGGAACAGUGUUCUUAAUUUCUGAUACUUAUAAUCAGAGUUAUUAGUUUAUAUAUCUGUGAUAGUCAUCUUCUAUUUUCUACAUGCAUUUUAUUUCACUUCAUAAUAUUUAUAUAGUGAUAUAAAGCCAGGCUCUUAAUAUAACCGUGUUUGUUAAACAAUUGUAUUUUGAGAAGAAGAAUAUAAUUUAUGUUACCUGUAAUUAUUCUUUAAAAGAAAAUACAGAAAAUUAUGAAUUCA